GGACUAAGUGACGCCUCUGUCGUCUAGACAUGGCAAAAUUAAAUUCGUAGGAUAAGAUACACAAAAUUGGUUUUGCCCGAUUUAACUGGUAAAGAAACAAUAAUCCAUGUUCAGCGUCGGAAUUCUACAGGCUUGUUGUCUUUACAUGCUUUCAAAUCUUUGAACAAAUACAUUGUCACUCUGCCGUCUGAAUGAUCAGGAAUCUACUGUUGUAAAGUGCUACCUUUUACUGUUUUGCUUCGAUUCGGGUCGUAACUUCUGAUGAAACGAGGUUGUGACGAUCGUUGCGAUGAAAGAUCCGUAAAAAAAAUAACUUUAAAGGAAUGUCAUCUCAGUAAAAAGGAACUCGUUUUUGCUCGCUCCGGAGAUAAAAGUACUGUGUAUGGACCAGAAACGUCUAUGUACCUACUUGCUUUUGAGCAGGUCUUGGAUACUGUUCUUAAGUAUGAAGAUCAUUUGUUCUCCAAGAACGAAAUUGAGUGUAUUCAACGCUUUUUCAGUUUCUCUGCUGCUUCAAGGUAUCUUUUCGUACGCUUAUUUAUGAGGAAAAGAGACAAAUGGUUCCGCGUGUCUCAAUUGAAUUAUAAAGAGUGUCAAAAUUUAAACGAAGCUUUAAACCAUUUGGUGAAGGAGCAAUUUCUUGAUGAUGAAUUGGCAUUGACUUUAGAGGAUGCCCUGACAAAUCUUCAAAUUCAAGAACUUAAAGUAUUAGCUAAGCAACAUCGGGUAUCGGGAUCGACUAGAAAAGAAUUAGAAACCGGCUUAUUGCAAUGCGAGAAGAAUCAGUCCCUCAUUUCAAAUUCCGGCCAACUGCUUCUUAACUUGGAUCGGCGAGGAAGGUUUUGUUCGACGACUUCUUUUCUGUUAGAAAAGACACUAUAUAUAACAGGACCAUGCGUUCGUAUUAACCCAACUACAGCUAAGCUCUUUCACCUCGUUAAUUCUGUAUAUUUUCGUUCUUCGUUGUAUAACGAAAGUUCCUUAACAUCUUUCGUGCUUGAACGUAUUCAAACAGUUGUGUAUCCUAAAUAUACGCUUUCGCGGACCCGUUGCAUUUUUCCAUCUCGAUUAGUAUUAGACUCUUAUGUCCAAGCUUUAGAACUUUCCAAACAUGCAUUGGCGCUCUUCGAAAAUUACGGGAAACUUGAUGAUCAUGGGAAAGCAGAAGCUUUAUCAUUAUUUUUUGAUAUUUACCCAAAGUGGUUAUCAACCAUCCAAAGUGAUGUAAAUGAUUACUGGCAAAACAAGGAAUUGGGAAACCUUUGUGAAACUAGCUAUUAUGCGACCACUUUUUCGCCAGGCUCUGUUCUUACUUACUUAAUUCACAAGGGAACUAUUGUCUUAGCAAGAACUGGACUUGUAGAGACGGAGCUUGAAGUUCUGGAUGCUUUGCUUGCCCAGAAUGUUCACCAAGUGGGAAAACGUGGUGCCUGGUAUGAGAGAAAGGCACUCAUAGAACAUAAUCAGCGGCACAUUUCAGCAAAGGAAAUAAAGAUUUGGAGAAAGAGAGCCUUGGUGACAUGCAUUCAUGGCUUGGAAGAUAAAUACACGCGAACAAAAUAUAAGUAUUCACUCUCAAAACGAUUGCGAAGCUUGGAACGGUCAUUAAAAAUCCCUAAACGAGAGCAAUAUGUUCACGUUUUCGUACUUUCAAGUCCGUUAACUCACACUUAUAUAACAGGCAAAUUAGUUUGCGAUUCAACUUCUAAUCGUACUACGUGGUGCUUAAAGGACGACGGUUUAGGUACUGUUGAAGAGAAGGCUUUGGAGUAUUAUGAAUCACUUGGAUGGAAAGGCUUGCAUUCUGAAUCCGGUAUCAUUACAACACUGUUCGCUCUUCUUUUUUGGGACAUACUCUUUUGUGAUGUUAAAGGCGUAUUUCAAUCCCCAUUUCAAAAUGCUCCUCUCGAUCUGUAUACAGAAUCUUUCUAUAAUUCCCGAGAGACUCGGAUCAUUAAUCGACUGCAAGAAAUUUCAUGCGGGAAAUCGUCAGAGAUACUAGAACAUGUCGAUGAACUAGAGCGCAAAACAAAGACUCGUUGUGUAGGCCUCAACUGGGCUUAUGAGAAACAGGAUCUUAUCACCAUUGCAAAGGCUAUAGGAAAUGAUGGUUUGGCAUGUUUAUGCAAGCUGCUAGCAGAGGAUUAUGGCAACUGGUCCAGCGGCCUUCCGGAUCUUUGUUUAUGGAGAGAGAAACCAGAGUUGGCUUUUUGCCUUGUUGAAGUUAAAAGUCUCAACGAUCGGUUAUCUGAAUCACAAAAGGUAUGGUUAGACGUGUUGCAGUCAAACGGAAUAUCGGUAUCUGUUUGUCACGUACAUGAUGUCGACGGUAAUGACACUAGAAGGAAAUUGAAGUAGUGAGUCGAUCUGACAAAACGGAAAUUAACCUUGGUGGAUCUAAUAAGUCAUACAACAAUUUCAAAAUUCUACCUAGACAUCACUACCCAAACUACGGCAUCCAUAUUUACGUUAUUGCUAGAACUCCAACUAAUUACAGCGAACCGUUUCAUGUCGAAGUGAACAUUCGUUUUUCAAAGGAUUAAAUAUUCAGUACAAAAAGAAUAAACAUA